AUGCACUCAAGUGUUCCCAUUGUUGGUCGUAAACUUUUACAAGACUGUUUAUUGUCCGGCGGAAGAGAUAAUAUAUAUUUAAAUGAAGAAAUAGCUCAAUCCAUACCUGCAAUAUUCAAGCACAGGAUUCCUACGGACGUAGAAUUUUUUUCCGUGAGAAAGCCUACUAAGAAAUCUGAAUGCAGUUUUGAAAUGCUUUUUCAUCUACCACCCUUAUAUGUGAUAGGUGUAAAAAUUCCAACAACUACUAUUAUUGUUUCUACCAGCAAUUUGACGGUAGAAUAUAAUAGGAACGGACUAACAGUUGUUGUACGAAGAGAAUUACCCGACAUCGGAAUCUAUAGAAGAUUUAGAUUUUAUGUUAAAAAUUUAGCGAAGUCGGCGAUUCUUAAUAUAGCCUUUGAGACUAUAGUUGGAAAUCCUGCUGAAGUUUCUGAAGGAGAAAUAAAUUAUAUUAAUAGAGGAAUACAAUCUAUUUGUGACAGUAAAACUCAUAAUAGGAACCCAAGAAGUACAAGAACACCUGAAACGCCCAAAACUACCAGAACACCGAAAACGACUAGAACCCCUAAAUCAACUAUAACUCCCAAAACGACUAAAACACUUAAAACAACUAGAACAUUUAUAACAACUAGAAGCGCCAAAACAAGUAGAACCCCUAUAACAACAAGAACUUACAAAACAAGUAGAGGAAGAAAAACUAGAAGACAAAAAACCAUAGUAGGUCAUACAACAAGGCAAAGAACUACUGAAAACCAGAGAACUACACCAAGUCAAAGAACUACUGAAAGCCAGAGAACUACCCAAAGUCAACGAACCACUGAGAGCCAACGAACUACAGUAAGCCAACGAACUACUGAAAGCCAAAGAACGACUGAAAGCCAAAGAACGACUGAAAGCCAAAGAACGACUGAAAGCCAAAGAACUACAGUAAGCCAGCGAACUACUGAAAGCCAAAGAACCACAGUAAGCCAACGAACUACUGAAAGCCAAAGAACAACUGAAAGCCAAAGAACUACCCAAACCAAAGAACAACUGAAAGCCAGAGAACUACUCAGAGUCAACGAACUACUGAAAGCCAAAGAACGACUGAAAGCCAGAGAACUACCCAAAGUCAAAGAACUACUGAAAGCCAGAGAACUACCCAAAGUCAAAGAACUACUGAAAGCCAAAGAACAACUGAAAGCCAGAGAACUACCCAAAGUCAAAGAACUACUGAAAGCCAAAGAACAACUGAAAGUCAGAGAACUACCCAAAGUCAAAGAACUACUGAGAGCCAACGAACUACUGAAAGCCAACGAACUACUGAAAGCCAAAGAACUACCCAAAGCCAACGAACAACUGAAAGCCAAAGAACUACUGAAAGCCAGAGAACUACCCAAAGUCAAAGAACUACCCAAAGUCAAAGAACUACUGAAAGCCAGAGAACUACCCAAAGUCAAAGAACUACUGAAAGCCAAAGAACAACUGAAAGCCAGAGAACUACCCAAAGUCAAAGAACUACUGAGAGCCAACGAACUACUGAAAGCCAACGAACUACUGAAAGCCAAAGAACUACCCAAAGCCAACGAACAACUGAAAGCCAAAGAACUACUGAAAGCCAAAGAACUACUGAAAGCCAAAGAACUACUGAAAGCCAAAGAACUACUGAAAGCCAAAGAACUACACCAAAGAACAACUGAAAGCCAGAGAACUACCCAAAGUCAACGAACAACUGAAAGCCAACGAACUACUGAAAGCCAGAGAACUACAGUAAGCCAACGAACUACUGAAAGUCAAAGAACAACUGAAAGCCAGAGAACUACUGAAAGCCAAAGAACGACUGAAAGCCAGAGAACUACCCAAAGCCAACGAACUACUGAAAGUCAGAGAACUACUGAAAGCCAGAGAACUACCCAAAGUCAACGAACUACUGAAAGCCAAAGAACUACCGAAAGCCAGAGAACCACCCAAAGUCAAAGAACUACUGAGAGCCAACGAACUACUGAAAGCCAACGAACUACUGAAAGCCAAAGAACUACCCAAAGCCAACGAACAACUGAAAGCCAAAGAACUACUGAAAGCCAAAGAACUACUGAAAGCCAAAGAACUACUGAAAGCCAAAGAACUACUGAAAGCCAAAGAACUACUGAAAGCCAAAGAACUACAGUAAGCCAGCGAACUACUGAAAGUCAAAGAACCACGGUAAGCCAACGAACUACUGAAAGCCAAAGAACAACUGAAAGCCAGAGAACUACCCAAAGUCAACGAACAACUGAAAGCCAACGAACUACUGAAAGCCAGAGAACUACAGUAAGCCAACGAACUACUGAAAGUCAAAGAACAACUGAAAGCCAGAGAACUACUGAAAGCCAAAGAACGACUGAAAGCCAGAGAACUACCCAAAGCCAACGAACUACUGAAAGUCAGAGAACUACUGAAAGCCAGAGAACUACCCAAAGUCAACGAACUACUGAAAGCCAAAGAACUACCGAAAGCCAGAGAACCACCCAAAGUCAACGAACUACUGAAAGUCAAAGAACUACUGAAAGCCAAAGAACUACUGUAAGCCAAAGAACUACUCUAAGCCAAAGAACUACCCAAAGUCAACGAACUACCGAAAGCCAGAGAACUACUGAGAGCCAAAGAACGACAGAAAGCCAAACUACUACUUCCGCUCCCACAACUACGAUUACUCCUCCAAAUAUUAAUGUUAUUCUAUUCGAAUGA